UUUGCUGCUUCUUUUUCGCCGCUUCAGUUUUUUUAUAUACCCACAAAAAGCACCCCCCCCCCCCUCUCUCUCCUCCUCUCUGGAACUUGCUGGCCAAUUUCUCACAAGCUUUAGGGUUUGUACAUGGAACCCUCUGCUUCUUCAUCAGCGACGUCCGGCCAAUCAUCGACGGUUCGUAUCUGUCGCUGUAGCUUCUUCAGACGCUGUUGUCGCUGCUACUGUUGCUGUUGCUACACCUAAAUUCGGUUGCAUCGAUAGCAUCUCGAUACUUUCUGACCAAUUUUGACCGGAAAUUUUGAGAAUUUUGGGGGUUUUUCGUUGGUUAUGGGGCUCACGGAGACUCAGCCGGGCCUCUCUCUAGGGUUUAGUUCGCAUCAGAGUACGAGCUCGUCGAAUUCAAUCCAAUCCGUUCCGCUGCAAUUGCUCGACCAGAAAGGAGAUAAGAUUAGGGUUGAGAAUGGGGAUGAUCGCGAAGAGGACGAGAAGUUCAAUCUCUUGGGGCACUCUAUCUGCCUGAAAAGACAGCGGGAUGGGUUCGGAGUGAACCCGAACCCGUCAAAGUGCUUGGCGGUUGAAUCGGCUGGGCUGGAGGCGAGGCGGGCCGCUGUUCGGUCUUGGGGGAACCAGCCCCUUUCGGUUGCGGACCCGGAGGUCCAUGAAAUUAUGGAGAAGGAAAAACUUCGGCAGUUCAAAGGUAUUGAAUUGGUUGCUUCUGAGAAUUUUGUGUGCAGAGCUGUGAUGGAAGCUCUUGGCAGCCACUUGACGAACAAGUACUCCGAGGGUAUGCCCGGAGCGAGAUACUACACGGGCAAUCAGCAUAUUGAUCAGAUUGAAUUGCUAUGUCAUGAACGCGCAUUGGCAGCUUUUGGUCUUGAUCCUGAGAAAUGGGGUGUCAAUGUCCAGCCUUAUUCUUGUACCUCUGCGAAUAUCGCAGUCUACACCGGUCUUUUGCUCCCAAAUGAUAGGAUUAUGGGCUUGGAUUCGCCUUCGGGAGGGCAUAUGAGUCAUGGGUAUUAUACUUCAGGUGGGAAGAAGGUAACGGCUGCCUCGAUAUUCUUUGAUAGUUUCCCUUACAAGGUAAAUCCGCAAACAGGGUACAUUGAUUUUGAUAAGCUUGAGGAGAGGGCGGUUGAUUAUCGUCCCAAGAUACUUAUUUGCGGUGGUAGCUCAUACCCCAGGGAGUGGGAUUAUGCCAGGUUUAGGCAUAUUGCAGAUAAAUGCGGAGCUGUGUUGAUGUGUGACAUGGCUCAUAUUAGCGGUCUUGUGGCAGCCAAGGAAUGUGCAAGCCCGUUUGAUUAUUGUGAUAUUGUUACGUCAACAACGCACAAAAGUCUCCGGGGUCCUAGAGGAGGUAUUAUUUUUUACAGAAAAGGCACAAAAUUAAGGAAGCAAGGUGUACAUCAUACUGAUGAGGGUAGUAACAAUUAUGAUUUAGAGGAAAAGAUAAACUUUGCCGUUUUCCCCUCCCUACAAGGAGGUCCUCACAACAAUUAUAUUGCUGCUCUUGCCAUCGCCUUAAAACAAGUAGCUACUCCAGAGUAUAAAGCAUACAUGAACCAGGUGAAGAGAAAUGCACAGGCCUUGGCUAAUGCUUUGUUAAGAAGAAAAUGCAGAUUGGUGACUGGGGGUACCGAUAAUCACUUGCUGCUUUGGGAUCUGACUGGUCUUGGUAUAACAGGUAAGAACUUUGAAAAGGUCUGCGAGUUGGCCGACAUCACUCUCAAUAAAACUGCUAUAUUUGGUGAUAAUGGUGCUCUUUCUCUUCGGGGAGUGAGAAUUGGUACUCCUGCUAUGACGACAAGAGGUUGUGUGGAGACCGAUUUUGAGACAAUUGCAGACUUUCUUCUAAGGGCUGCUCAGAUCACUGCUUCUGUUCAGAGGGAACAUGGAAAAUUUCAGAAGAUUUUAUGCAAGGUCUCCAGAACAACAAAGAUAUUGUUGAGCUCAGAAAUCGGGUUGAAAAAUUUGCGUACCAGUUUGAAAUGCCAGGAUAUGAUUGAUAUUCAAACACGUGACAUCGUUCUUGAAUACCAGAAAAUAUGUUGCCGAUUAUCAGAAGUAGUCCUUGUCCCACGUCUCUGCCUGACAAUUUCUUUGUGGUUUUUGUAUAGAUUAUAGCGAAUUUUAAUUGUCUACAUCUUUGUGAAGGUGUAACUAAAAGUAUUGAGUUUGGUCUCUUUUGUUAGCUAUUGUUCGUUCAUCUAGUUGGAACUUGGAGAUGCCGAACCUCUACAGGUCCGUUUGGUUAUUCGGGAAUCGGAAUUUAAAACCAUACACCGGUAUGGAAGAGGAGUUUUGUUCCCGAGCAGCCUAUUGCGGAACAGGGGGCUUCUUGUUAAUGUAACGAAAGUUUAUGUGCAGCAUUUUACUCUUUUAUGUACCCUACAUUUAUCUGGUCGUAUUCAACAUUCUGCAGUUGUAUCAUGCCUUGUGUGAAAGAAGCGGGAAUCUCAAGCAGUACCUUUCUUUCAAGGACAGCCUUUAUUUUUUCCUUCUUGCAAAGGUCCAAAGGAUCAUAAUAAUUGCAUGUGUGUUUAGGCCAAUUGAUGAGGAUAAUGGGCCUGUCUCUUUGCAGUCAAA